CAUCAUUCUUCUCUCUCAUUCUCACUCUCACCCACUCCCUCAUAUCCUCCGCGUUGCCCAUCGUGACCACCGCCAACAUGACGACUCAGCCUCCCCGGAUCGUGGUGAACAACCUCUCAUACACCUUCCCGGACUUUUCAACCGGCGUCCGGAACAUCACUCUCGAUCUGCCGCCUCGCUCACGCACGCUCCUGAUCGGCGCCAACGGUGCUGGCAAGACAACCCUUCUCCGUCUGCUGGCUGGAAAGCGCCUGGCUCCCGGGGAUGCCAUCACCAUCGGCGGCGUCGACCCUUUCAAGGAGGGCCUUGAGGGCGUCACCUACCUUGGUCUCGAGUGGGUGCUGAACCCCAUCGUGCGCAACGACAUUGGCGUCCUGGAGCUGCUCCGAUCUGUUGGUGGCGAUGCUUAUCCCAAGCGCCGCGACGAGCUGGUUGAGAUGCUUGAUAUCGACAUCAACUGGCGCAUGCAUGCUGUGUCUGACGGUGAACGCCGCAGAGUCCAGCUCGCCAUGGGUCUUCUGCGUCCCUGGACCGUUCUCUUCCUUGAUGAGAUCACCGUUGAUCUUGACGUUCUGAGCCGCUUUUCGUUCCUUUCCUGGCUGAAGCGCGAGACGGAAACCCGCGAGUGCACCAUUGUCUAUGCUACUCACAUCUUGGAUAACUUGGCUGGCUGGCCCACCCACCUUGUCCACAUGCAUGUUGGCACCGUCAAGGAGUGGGACACCGCUGACAACAUGCUGCGCUCCAUCGAUGGAACCGUUGGUCCUACGGGCAACAGCCGCCUCGGAGAGUUGGUCAUGGGCUGGCUGAGGGAUGAUCUUAAACAGAGAGGCCCAAGAAGCCAGGCGAACCUUGGUUCCGAAGGCAGGACCUAUGGCUUCGGCGCCAUCAAGAUUGGUGGAUAUGGUGACGAGUCCAAGCAAAGAGAAAACUAAGAAAUACUUCUCUUCUUCUCCUUCUCGGGCCACGGCGGAGGCUAAAUUGGAGAAAUUUCUUUGGCAAUAAUGCCUUCAACGGUUUAUUGGCCGACAUUUACGACGGACUUUCUUUCUGCAUUAUGAACGGUCGGUGAGCACAGCAUUCAGCGGUGCAUGGCGUUGGUAUUUUGGUGGAGGAGCAGGCCUCAACUCUGCCUUCACAGACGGAUUUCGGUUUCAUUUUGUUUUCAACACUCUUACAUGGUAUACCUGAGGGAAACGUGGCAUAUUUCAUUUCAUUCAUCUUCUCUUUCUUCAUGAUACCCUGAAUUUCAACCGAUGGGAUAUAGGCAACUGGUCCGCUUCAACUGGGCCCGUAUGUAGUCGCCAUAAGAAGUUGCAAUACAAUUCUUUCUUCGCGUUCGCGCGUUUAGUUU